AUGAGUAGUACUGAGACAGUUGAGACCGGCGUCGAAGCCGAGAAGGAAGUUCGCUUCGAGACAUCCAUUGAUUAUGAAAAAUCUGAAUACAAAUACUCCUCGUACCUACCUCAUUACACCCCCGGAAAACAGGAACCGCUUGAGGAAUUUGUGCAUCAUGAUGUAGGAUUGCGCGCGGAUCCCGAGAAGAAGGCCCUCUUGACAGCACCCGGCUCAAGCUUCGAAGAGAUCACACCAGCCAUCGGCACAGAAGUGCGUGGUCUCCAGCUAAGCGCCCUGACAAGUCAACAGAGAGACGAGCUGGCCCUGCUGGCCGCAGAGCGCGGUGUUGUCGUGUUCAAGGACCAGGACUUUGCCGAUAUUGGACCCGACCGCCAGAGAGAGUUUGGUGAGCACUUUGGUCCUCUCCACAUCCAUCAACACGGUGGGCAGAUUAAGGGCUAUCCAGAGCUUUUGCCAGUGUACCGCGACUUCAAAAGCGGAGCUGUCGACAAUGAGAUCAAAAAUAAUGUCAGCAGUAUCAAGUGGCACACUGACAUGAGCUAUGAGAUCAAUGGUAUGGGAACGACUAUUUUCUUUCCUCUAGAAACCCCAAAGUCGGGAGGCGACACACUGUACCUUUCGACCACGGCCGCAUACAACAAUUUGUCAGAAGGCUAUCGCGAGCGCCUCCAUGGUUUGUAUGCUACACACUCUGGAUCUGAACAGGCAAAAGUUACGGACCAUAAAGAAAGAUACAUUCGUGAGCCGAUCGAGACGGUCCAUCCCGUCGUGCGAACGCAUCCGGUCACGAAGGAAAAGUCACUGUAUGUCAACAGGCUUUACACGCGAAGAAUCCAGGGUUUCAAGGAAGAGGAGAGCGGCAAGUCGACCCCACUGGCAAUCUAA